CUGAAAGAAAUCGUGGAAAACUCCAAAAUAAAACGAAACUGAACAGUCGCAAGAGACAGACAGAGAGAGCUAGCUAACUUAGCAACCGAAAACAAAAGAAAAAGAACUCGACCAAGAUGCAGAGACACGCAAUGAUUGCUUUGGUGGCCAUCUGGGGCAUCCUGGCCAGCAUGGGAGUGGAGCCAGCGGCGGGUUUGGCCAAUUGCCCGCCGGGCUGCCAGUGCGACGACAACACCCUGGUGGUGCAAUGCGGUGAGGGGCAACUGGAUGUGCUACCCAUUGCCCUGAAUCCAUCGAUCCAAAGACUGGUGAUCAAGAGCAACAAGAUCAAGACCAUUGAUUCGUCCAUCCAGUUCUAUGCGGAGCUGACCUUCCUGGAUCUGUCCUCGAACCACCUGAUGACCAUCCCGCAGCGCACUUUUGCGUAUCAGAAGAAGCUGCAGGAGGUGCAUUUGAAUCACAACAAGAUCGGUCAGAUCAGUAAUAAGACCUUCAUUGGUCUCUCGGCGGUGACUGUUUUGAAUCUGAGGGGAAACCAGAUCUCGGAGCUGCAUCAGGGCACCUUCUCUCCUCUGCUGAAGAUCGAAGAACUGAAUCUGGGCGAGAAUCGCAUUGGUUACUUGGAUCCCAAGGCCUUUGAUGGACUCAGUCAGCUGAGGAUCCUCUAUUUGGAUGACAAUGCUCUGACCACUGUGCCCGAUCCUGUGAUUUUCCAGGCCAUGCCCAGUCUGGCUGAGUUGUUCCUCAGCAUGAACACCCUGCAAAGCAUUCAGUCCGGAGCCUUCCAGGAUCUGAAGGGUCUGACGCGACUGGAGCUGAAGGGUGCCAGUCUGAGGAAUAUCUCGCACGAUAGCUUCCAGGGAUUGGAGGAGCUGCGCAUCUUGGAUCUCUCCGAUAACCGGCUGCAGCGCAUCCCAUCCGUGGGUCUUAGCCAGCUGGUACGCCUGGAGCAACUCUCCCUGGGACAGAAUGACUUUGAGGUGAUCAGCGAGGGUGCCUUUGUGGGCCUGAAGCAGCUGAAGCGUCUGGAUGUGAAUGGAGCUCUGAGGCUUAAGCGUGUGAUGACGGGAGCCUUUGGUGCCAAUGGUAAUCUGGAGUACUUGAAUCUCUCUUCGAACAAGAUUCUCGUGGAAGUUCAGGAGGGCGCUCUCAGUGGUCUGCCCCAUCUGCGACAUGUGGUGCUCAAGGCCAAUGCGUUGACAUCGCUGGCCGAGGGUCUGUUUCCCUGGAAGGAUCUGCUUACCCUGGAUCUGUCAGAGAAUCCCCUUUCCUGCGAUUGCCGAGUGAUGUGGCUGCACAAUCUGCUGGUGUCCAGGAAUGCUACCCAGGAGGAGGUCUCCGAGCUGAUGUGCGAGUUCCCCGAACGCCUGCGUGGCGAGUCACUGCGUCAUCUGAAUCCCGCUCUGAUGGGCUGCUCCCACACUGAUCCCCGCAAGCAGGCCUUGAUUGGUGCCCUGCUCGUGGGUUCUGCUGCCACAAUCACUGCUUUGGCUUUGGUUUUGUACCGUUGCCGCCAUAAGAUUCGGGAGACCAUCAAGGGUGGUCUGCUGGGCAACUCUGCUUUGGGUCGGAAAGAGCGCGAGUACCAGAAGACUUUCUGCGAUGAGGACUACAUGUCACGUCACCAGCAUCAUCCCUGCUCUCUGGGUAUUCACUCUACCUUCCCCAACACCUACACGGCACCACAUCAUCCAGGAGGAGCUCAUCACUAUGGCAUGUGCCCCAUGCCGGUGAAUGAUCUGGGAGGAGCUGUGGAUCCGCAGCAAAAGUUCCAGCAAUUGGCAGUGCCCACGGCCACAAUGGUCAGCGAGAAGAAGUUGAAUAACAACAAGGUUAUGGCAUCGCAGGGAGCUGUGGACGACAGUGCCUCCUUUGUGCUGCACAUGAAGGCAGCCACCAUGGGCAGGGAUCCUCACCAGCAACUGAAUCACUACACCAAACCGCAGUUCUUGUCGGCCACGGCAGCCGUUGGUGACUCUUGCUACUCCUAUGCCGAUGUGCCCCUCUCAAUGCCCAUGGUACAUGGAGGAGCAAGUAACCAGCCACAGUUGCGCCUCACCCAGGAGCACUUUAAGCAGCGUGAGAUGUACGAUCAGGAGCAGCUUGGCGGUGGUGGUAGCGAGAUCUUGGAUCCCAACUACAUUUACAGCAACACACACUACUCGAUGCCGCUGGAGCAGAUGGGCAGGAGCAAGACUCCAACGCCACCACCAGUGCCACCAGCAUUGCCCCUGAGGAAUGGUCUUUGUGCCACCACCGGACGACGGUCCUUCCAGCACAAGGUGGCUGCCCAGCAGCAGCAGCAGCAGCAGCAGCAGAAUAACAACACUCUGCGCCAGUUUACGCACUGAUCCGCAACCUACAGACGCCGCCAGCUGAGCAUCUAUGCUUAGUUGGAGUACGAGCUGCCCACCACUGUGAUGCCAAAAUCCUCCCCCCCAAGGAGCCCAACAAGGAGUCCCGGUCCCGCCUGUAGACCCACUUAUUGACUAAGUAGAAAGUUAAGGAAGACAUUGUAGUAGCUGUAGCUUAGAGGAUAAGUCAGAGAAGAAGUCCAGUCUGUAUAUACUACUUUCCAGCACUAUUUCGAACUUAAAGGAUCUCUUCUGUCUGCAACUGUUUUCCAACCCCCUUAACAUAAUUACUUAAUUAACCAAUAAGCUGAAUUGUAAUAUACAUAUAUAUAUACGACAUUAGAUAAACUAAAGACAAACAAAGCACUGAGAGUCAUUGUAAGCUUAAUUUUAACUUAUUUAAUUUAUUGUUAAAUGCAAGGAAAUCGAAUCAAAUGCAAGCCACUAUUUAUGUAUUAGUUAGACAAGAAAUUUAUGCAAAUUUAAGCGAUAACAAGAGAAG